CCUCCAAGAUUGCAACACAAACCAUCCACAGCAGCAGACGUUUCAGGAUGAGAAGAUCUGUCGUUUUUCACAUUUUGCUCCUCUGUCAGUGUUGGACUUGGGCUCACAGCGAGGCGGACAGUGAAGCUGCUCAAACUGUAGCUCAAGGUCUCCAGGCUGAGAUUCAAGGCGUUGAAAUAAAUCAGGCUGAGAGUACCAGAGAGACCAAUGACACCGUGGAUCUCUGGGCCGAGCUGAAGGAGCUCAGAGACAUGACCAUCGAACUGAAGACUGACCUGAAGCAUUACCUGAGCAGGAUAGAGGUGCUGGAGGAAGAAAAAUUAGGCCUUGAAGUCAAAAUAAGUUCCAUUGAGAAGGAAAUGGAGGGAAUCAAGAGGGAGAAUGCAGAGUUGGAGAACACAUUGAACAUCGUCAAAAGUGAGGUGGAGGCUCUCAAGAGUAAGAACAUGGCGCUGGAAGCCAGAAUGACCACCAAUGAGAAGGAGGUGGAGGAGAUCAGGAGAGAGUAUGAAGAUCAACCAAAGGUGGUGUUCUCAACUGCCCUCACCAGUGGAUACUUUGGACCCUUUAAUACUGACGUCACGCUGAAGUUCAGUAAAGUCUUCAUAAACUUUGGCCAAGGCUACAACCCAUCUACAGGUUUCUUCACAGCCCCAGUCAAAGGAAUCUACUACUUCAGAUAUACUUUGCUUGAGAAAAGAAAAGAUAUGUCGCUUGGUAUUCAUUUGUUUCAUAAUGGUAAGCAUGUUAUGGGCUCUUUUGAAGUAAGUGAUGGUUCACAUGAAAGCAUAUCUAAUGCAAUUAUCCUUCAGCUUGAACAGGGCGAUGAGGUUUACAUGAAUCUUUUGAGUAAUCACGGUUUGUAUGACGAUGGAAAUAAUUACACCACCUUUAGUGGGUUUUUGCUUUUCCCCUUGUGAGGCUGUAUAGAAAAAACACACAGACAUUCUGUUUAGUUCACUGCCAGCAAUAAUAAAAUGAAAUUUUGUUCUAAGAAAGUAAAAUGCACGUCCAGAGCUCCUUUUCUAGAAAUAGUCACAAAGUGCAGGAUGACUCGGGUAAAACCCGUUUAUAAACGGUCCAAAACAUAUAAAACACUACAUCACAUUAAAUCAGGAUAUGCACAAAAAUGCUUUUGGAAGCCUCCAUGCAGACAGACCUGGGUCAGGACCUUCUGACUGAGAGACAACAAGGAUUUUUAAUGUCAUUAUUUCACAGAAUAAAAGCACUUUCCUUCUCAGAAUCCAAGGAUAAGCAUUCAAUAUAAAAAAAAACGUAACCAUUUGAUAAACUUAUGUUAUUGUUGUAAAAAGGUGUGCUACAUUUCUUCUAGAUUAAGGGUUAAUUUUUCCAAUAGAGUACAACCUUGCUGGUCAUUUGAAAAAAAAAUACAACAUUGUAAAGAUGCAGUCAGUGCUAAAGAAGAAAGAACUGGUUGACAAUGAAUACUUUAAUACAUUCAUUUCCCAGAGUUGCUUAUAAACAAUAAUAAUGGAUUAUGGUUCUCCUGGUUCGGGCUCCUUAUGGACCAGAACCUCCACCAGCUUAUAUUGAGUUCCAGUAAACCAGCAGCUGUGAUUGGUUCCAGCCUGCAGCUCAGGUCGUUUCUCACAAAUAUCUUCUGACCGAAGCCUUUCGGAGGAGGUCAACUCUGGGGAUGCCAUCCAGUUUUUAAUUUUUAAUGAUUUAUUUGAAAUAUUUUGGAUUUGUACUUCAACCUCGGACCUGGUGGUAAUAGAAAGAUUUAUUUGAGUGCACGUUGAUAUUUGCUUCAGGAAAAUGCUGCAAGUCGCAUUCUGUUACCUGAACAGGCCAGCUGCAGGAGGGGUUGUUUUUUCAUGUGACUCUUGGGUUGUUUUAUUCCCUGUUUUCUGUGUUUUCACCACAGUCUGUGACCUCAGACAUUCCUGACAGAACCAUAAACAGCUAAGAACUGGUUAGCCAUUUGAAAACAAUGUAUUGUACAUCACAUGUUUUAAUAAAUCGUACGACUUCA